AUGAGCCUCGGCGAUUCGCGAACCGUCGCGCUCAAACGUUUAAAUUCGCUCGAACGGAAGCUCGACUCAGAUCCAUUGUUAAGGGCCGCCUAUUCGCAAGUAAUACAGGAAUAUUCAGAUCUGAAACAGAUGAUUCCGGUGAAUAACCCUUCCAAUAAAAGAUUUUAUAUGCCGCACCAUACGGUAAUCAAAUCAUCGAGCAGCGCGACCCGGGUUCGUGUCGUGUUCGAUGCAUCGGCAAAAACGAGCAAUGGCACAUCGUUAAACGACAGGUUAAUGGUGGGGCCGACUAUUCAAGAUACGUUAUUCGUUCACUUAAUUCGAUUCCGUACGUAUAAAUGUGUUCUCACAGCAGAUAUAGAAAAAAUGUAUAGGCAGAUAUUGUUGCACGAGGAUGAUCAGAUAUACCAACGAAUCCUCUGGCGCCAGAACGAUCAAAUAAAGACUUUGCAACUUAACACCCUUACAUUCGGCGUAUCCUCGUCGCCGUAUCUGGCUAUACGAACAAUUAAAAAACUAGCCGGUGAUGAGCACGACGCGUAUCCUGACGCCGCCCGAGUUCUCAAAACGCACUUAUACGUGGAUGACUUACUUACAGGUACGAAUACCGUUAGCGAGGCUCGCGAGUUACGGGAUGACAUAAUCACGGUACUUUCUCGAGGCGGUUUAAUAUCCGACAAUGGGCGUCGAACGACGAACGUAUCAUUAACGAUUUAA